AGUGAUGCCGGCAAGCUGACCGCGAUAAGCGCCGCAGUACUUUUAUGAUUAUCAUUAAUAGGCAUCCACUGCACUUCCCUCAUGUCGUCGCCGCAAACCGACACCGACCACGACAGGGUGGGAGACCACAUCGCCAUCGCCUUCACCCAGUCGCAAUACCCCGUUCCCUACACCGACCAGAGCAUCCCGGGCAGCACACCGGGUCAUCGCCUGCGCCGCCUCGGCCGGCAACACCAGCCGGAUGAUAUUUUGUACAACCACCUCAGCCACGCCCUCAUCGCGCAUGGCGACUGCAGCAGCCACGACGCCGUGAACGCCACGCCGUGGGAGGGCAACGCCGACCACCCACACCCGCCCGGCGGUAACUACGUCUUACACUCCAAGAACGGCGGCAAACGGCACUACGACGAGCUCUCUGGCAUGUACUCGGAGCUGCCCUGGCAGCCGUCGAAGCGGAUGAUUUGGCCCUUGCAGGAGGAUGAGCGUCGGCUCGUGCCGCACCGCCGUGGGCGCGGGAUAUACAACAACACGGACUGCUUCAUCCACCCAGAUGCGGAGGCGGCGCAGAAGCAGCGGGAGCAAGACGGGGAGCGACAGCGUGACCGCGGCUGCAGGGCACACGUGUGCGGGGCACCGGACCACACGCUAGCUGAGCUCGGUAUGAUGUAUGAACAACAACAGCGGAAGCCGAAGGAGUCGACGAGUGUCGUCCGACCUUCGGAGGGCAGCGCUCCCUCCCCGUCCAGUAGCACCGUCGCCGUCGCUGCCGCGGCUACGGCGGAUGGCGCGCCAGCAACACCGGCGAAGAAGGACGCACGGACGGCGGCGGCGGCGGUGGUGGUGGAGGACGGCGUGAGGAACAAAGCGUACUACGGCCUUACCUUGCUGCCCUCCGUCGGCCCAGGCGUGCCGCCGCCGCGCAGCACGGUAGCGGAGGCCGAGGCCGUCGCCGAGUAUCAUCGCGAUCAGCACAUGCGCAGUACGAUGCACCUGCAAAAGGAGACGCUCUCUGCCAAGGCAACUCGUGCGGCGGACGUGCAGUCGGUGCGUGAGCUGCCCAACUGGUAA